AUGGAUAUAUCCAAACCCGUAGGGUCCGAAAUUACAUCUGUGGAUUUCGGUGUGCUCUCUGCGGAUGAAAUUCGACGGAUUUCUGCAAAGAGAAUCAGCAAUCCGACCGUAUUCGACAAUUUGGGUCACCCUAUAAAUGGCGGUCUCUACGAUUUAGCAUUAGGAGCUUUUCUCCGUAACUUGUGUGCCACAUGUGGACUUGAUGAAAAGUUCUGUCCCGGGCACCAGGGCCACAUAGAGUUACCCACGCCUGUUUAUAAUCCGUUAUUCUUCAACCAGAUGUAUAUUUUGUUGCGGUCGCUGUGUCUUUACUGUCAUCACUUUCGACUCAAUUCUUUGGAAGUUCACCGCUACGAGUGCAAAUUAAAGUUGAUCCAGUACGGCUUAUUGCUCGAGUGCGAGGAAUUGGACAAUAUGUUUGUGAAUGGCAAAUCGCAAGCUGAAAGUGACGAUGACGAGGAAGAUGAUGAGGUUGCGUCCUCCAAGCAGGUUGACCCCAAACUUAAACGAGAACUUCGCCACCGUCGUGAGACCUUCGUCGAUACUUGCAUUGCCAAAGCGAUCAGCGAGGGUCGUAGCUCUCAUAAUGGUGUAGUCACAGCAUCUGUGGGAGAAGAACGUAAGGCCAUCUUGCAUGAAUUUUCCAAAAGGUUAUUGAGCAGACCAAAGUGUGAUAACUGUGGAAUGUACUCGCCCACGUUCAGAAAAGACGGUUUCACCAAGAUAUUUGAAAACGCUUUGAGAGACAAGCAGGUCACCAACAACAGGGUAAAGGGACUUGUACGUCCAGAUAUGUUCAAGGUUGGAGCCAGUUCUGCCACUUCCAACGGAAGCAUGCCCAAUAUUAAGCAUAAGGAUGGAUUCAAGUACGUUUUGUCCACCGAAAUCAGAAAUAUUUUGCGAGCUGUGUUUGAAAAAGAGCAGGCUAUCAUACAAAAAAUGUUCCAUUCUCGACCCUUUCAAACCGAAAAGGUUACUGCUGAUAUCUUCUUUUUGCACGCUUUGAUAGUACCAGCAACCAGAUUCAGAUUGCCCUCCAAAUUGGGAGACGAAAUCCACGAAAAUUCCCAGAAUGAGUUGCUUUCUAACGUCUUGAAGACAUCACUUUUGAUUCGUGAUUUGAACGAUCAAAUCUCGACGAUGCAAAAGGGGAAACUUUCUGUUGAAGAGAGAAAAAUCAUCUUCAACAGAUUAAUGAACGCAUUUGUCACCAUCCAGAACGAUGUGAAUGCCUUUAUUGACUCGACGAAGAACCAAAAUGCUCCAGCUGGAAAGGUUCCAAAUCCUGGUAUUAAGCAAGCUUUAGAAAAGAAGGAAGGUUUGUUCAGAAAGCAUAUGAUGGGUAAGAGAGUCAACUACGCAGCCAGAUCGGUUAUUUCUCCUGAUCCAAUGUUGGAGACUAAUGAGAUUGGAGUUCCUCCAGUUUUCGCCAAGAAAUUGACAUACCCAGAACCUGUAACCUCCUACAAUGUUUCACAGUUAAGACAAGCGGUUAUCAAUGGGCCAGAAAAAUGGCCUGGUGCAACCCAAGUUCAAAACGAAGACGGUACUAUGGUUUCUUUGGUGGGUAUGACUUUGGAACAAAGAAAAGCCAUUGCCAACCAAUUAUUGACUCCAUCUGGAGGUGUGUCCGUAAUUAACAAAAAGGUGUUCAGACACAUCAAGAACAAAGAUGUUGUAAUAAUGAACCGUCAACCCACAUUGCACAAGGCUUCCAUGAUGGGUCAUAAGGUACGAGUAUUACCUGGAGAAAAGACAUUGAGGUUACAUUAUGCCAACACUGGUGCCUAUAACGCCGAUUUUGAUGGAGAUGAAAUGAACAUGCAUUUUCCACAAAACGAAAAUGCCAAGUCGGAAGCUUUAAAUUUGGCCAAUACCGAUUCGCAAUACUUGACUCCAACCUCCGGUUCUCCUUUGAGAGGGUUGAUUCAAGAUCACAUUUCUGCCGGUGUGUGGUUGACAAACAAGGACUCAUUUUUUACCAGAGAAAUCUACCAGCAGUUAAUUUAUGGCUGUAUUCGUCCCGAAGAUGGUCACACAUCCCACAGCAGAAUCUUGACGGUCCCACCAACCAUCAUCAAGCCCGAACCCUUAUGGACAGGAAAGCAAGUCAUCACCACUAUUUUGUUGAACAUUAAACCCAAGAACGUUCCUGGAGUCAAUUUGACAUCAAAGAACAAAAUCAAGAACGAAUACUGGGGAGUGGCCUCGCAGGAAAAUGAAGUCUUGUUUAGAAAUGGUGAAUUAUUAUGCGGUAUUUUAGACAAGUCACAGUAUGGUGCUUCUCAAUUUGGUAUUGUUCACUCGUUGCACGAGGUCUAUGGUCCUGACGUUGCAGGAAAGGCACUUUCUGUUCUUGGACGGUUAUUCACCAACUAUAUCAUGAUGACUGCCUUCACUUGUGGUAUGGACGAUUUGAGGUUGACCGCAGAAGGAAAUGAAUGGAGAAAAGAUAUCUUGAAAAAAUCUGUUGAUAUUGGUCGUGUUGCAGCUGCUGAGGUUACCAAUUUGGACCCAACUACUUCAAGCACUGAUAGUGAAUUGAUCAAGAGACUAGAAGGAAUUUUGAGAGACGAAAAUAAUGCUGGUAUUUUGGAUGCUGUUACACAAUCGAAGGUCAAUGCCAUUACUUCGCAGGUCGUCUCCAAGUGUAUUCCUGAAGGAACGAUGAAAAGGUUUCCUUACAAUUCCAUGCAAGCUAUGGCGUUGUCUGGUGCCAAGGGUUCCAAUGUCAAUGUUUCGCAAAUCAUGUGUUUGUUAGGACAGCAGGCUUUGGAAGGUAGAAGAGUACCUGUUAUGGUUUCUGGAAAGACUUUACCAUCGUUCAAGCCUUAUGAAACCGAUGCUAGAGCAGGUGGGUACAUUAAAGGACGAUUCUACUCUGGAAUUCGGCCUCAGGAAUACUACUUCCAUUGUAUGGCUGGGCGUGAAGGUUUAAUUGAUACCGCUGUAAAGACCUCUAGAUCUGGAUACUUGCAAAGAUGUUUGACCAAGCAGUUGGAAGGAGUACAUGUUGCCUACGAUAACUCGGUGAGAGACGGUGACGGAACCUUGAUCCAAUUUUUGUACGGAGGAGAUUCCAUUGAUACCACAAAGCAAUCUCAUAUGAACCAAUUCAAAUUCUGUGUGGAGAACUAUGAUGCUUUGUUAACAAAGUAUAAUCCUGGAGACUUGACCCACCAUUUGAACACCGACGAGGCUCUUCACUAUGCCAAGAAGGUUAGAAAGAACCAGAAGAAACAGGCUGGAUUACCUCACUAUGAACAAGCCUACAAGUACGAUCCAGUAUUAUCGGUGUACAACCCAGCCAAGUACUUGGGUUCUGUUUCUGAAAAGUUCCAGGAGAGAUUGGAGGCUUUUGUUAGUGACAAUGCAGACUUGUUCAAGAAAUCUUCUGGCAUCAGUGAGAAGAAAUUUAGAGCAUUGAUGCAAUUGAAGUAUAUGAGGUCGUUGAUAAAUCCAGGAGAAUCCGUGGGAAUUAUUGCAUCGCAGUCCGUUGGUGAACCUUCAACACAGAUGACAUUGAAUACUUUCCAUUUCGCCGGUCAUGGUGCUGCUAAUGUCACCUUGGGUAUACCUCGUAUGAGAGAAAUUAUUAUGACAGCUUCAGCCGCCAUUAAAACUCCGCAAAUGAACUUGCCUAUUCUUGACGAUGUCAACGAUGCCCAGGCGGACGCCUUCUGUAAGUCUGUGGCUAGGGUGGUAUUGUCUGAGUUCUUGGAUCGGGUUGUCGUUACUGAGACUACAGGAAGCGAUGGAGAAGAAAACUCCAGAUCGUACAAUGUCAAGUUGAGAUUCUACCAUUGCCUGGAGUACGAAGAAGAGUACGAUGUUUCGAGACAACAUUUGGAGCAUGUGGUGUCUACCGUGUUCCUUGAUGCGUUAGAAUCGCAAAUCUCGAAAGAGGUUAAAAAGCACAGAAAGGCCGAAAGUCUUCCAACAGUAGGAAAGGCCGUUUCCAAGUCGAACACCGACUUUUCGAUUGCCAAACCAAGCCUUGAAGAAGAUGGAGAAGACGACGAGUCUAGCGAAAAACGCAACUCGAAGCAAGCUGUUUCUUAUGAAGAACCCGACGACGACGAAAUUGAAACGAUGAGAAAGGCAGAGGAAUCCUCCGAGGAAGAAAUGGACGAGUCUUCGGACGACCGGUCUUCCAGUUCUGAUGAAGAAGAGGACUCCGAAGACGAAGAAAAAAAGCCUUCCGCUAGCCAAUCUGAACCUUUAUCUAAGGCAGCAAGAGACCGUCAAAUGGACGUUAUCUCGUCUCACAAUAUGGUUACCAAGUACAAUUUCGACGAUACUAACGGAGAAUGGUGUGAGUUUGACUUGAGAUUGUACGGCGAGUCCCAGAAAUUGUUGAUGGUGAACAUUAUCGAGGACAUGUGUCGCAAGGUGGUGGUGAGAGAAGUGCCUCGAAUUGGACGGUGUGUCAGACCACAACCCGAUGCUGGUGGAGCUAGAGUAUUGACUACCGAGGGAGUCAAUUUUGGAGCCAUGUGGGAGCACGAUGACUUUAUCGAUGUCAACAAAAUUACCUCCAACGAUAUCGCUGCUGUGUUGAAAACCUAUGGUGUGGAAGCUGCUAGAAACACCAUUGUCAAUGAAAUUAACAAUGUUUUCGACCGGUAUGCCAUCAGUGUUUCUUCUCGUCAUUUGGAUUUGAUCGGAGACAUGAUGACCAGAGAGGGAACAUACCUAGCAUUCAACAGACAAGGAAUCGACUCAUCUACGUCUGCUUUCAUGAAGAUGUCUUACGAGACCACAUGUCAAUUUUUGACCAAGGCUGUGUUGGAUGGAACUACAGAGGACUUGGAGUCUCCAUCGGCGCAAAUUGUCGUUGGAAAACUUUCCAACGUGGGAACCGGAUCAUUUGAUGUGCUCGCCAAGAUGGGCCAAUGA